CUCUUAAACUAAAAAGAGAAAAGGCAUAGAACAAACAAUUAGCAUUUGAAAGUUAUAAUUUAUAGACAUUUUAAGAAAGAAAUUAUUUACCUGUUGAGAGUGUGUUGACAGUCUGUGGCUGAGCUCCAGAAGAUCAGUAAUGAGGCAUCUUAAGAGUGUAGUUUUUACAGUAAAACAACAACAACAGCAGCAUGUUGUGUGAAUUAUGUUUUUAUUGACAUAGCAAAAUUGUCAGUGCUCUUAACAACAGUUAUUAGUUGAAUACAUUAAUGAAUGACAAUUGAUAUUGAACAUGAAUAAAUACAUAAAGAAGUAAAUCACAACAUAAGAACAAAAAAUAGAUGUGAUGAAGACCAAGUUUCAGUGAAACAAUCACAAUCCAAUCCAUAUGAUGCCUUUAAGUCCAUCAUUUUGGUGUGAUUAAGUGGCGAUGUUUCUCUGCAGAUGAUGAGGUUGUAGGAUGUGAUACAUCUUAAAAACACAACUGAGUUUAGUAACAGUGUGUCCAUGUGUUUAUGUAAAAACAAUUAUGUUUAUGAAGGCCAAAAGCAAAAAUGGAUAGUAUGUGAGCCCUUCACAAUCUAAAAGUGAUAUAAAGUCAUGGGAUAGUUUUAAUAUUUUUUUGUGACUGUGAAAGUUUAUACAUAAACCCAAGUAAUCAUUUAAACAAUCUAACAAUAUGAAUUAUAAAUCCAUUGUCUCUUUUACUUACAUAGUGGAUAAGAAGAGAGAGGUUUCCACAGCUUAACUGAGCUGCAAACACUUAUAUGUGACCAAAAACUUUAAAACAAAAAGAGAUAAGAACAUGUUUUGUUUGGAAACCAGUUACAAUUUUAAAGUUAAAUUUUUAUUUAAAUUUUAAGAAUGAAAUCAUUUACCUGUUGAGAAUGUGUUGACAGUCUGUGUAGUUGUAUCACUGAACUCCAGAAAAUCAGUAAUGAGGUGCUUUGACAGUUACAGGUUUGAAAAACAAAAGGGCGGGAAUAAAGAACCCUAAACUCUAACACAAAGAACCAUUUCAGCAUGAAAGGGUUCUUCAGAAUGCUAUGGUUCUAAAUAAAACCAUUACUGCAUUUAAAGAACCAUCUUUUUUAGAGUGUACAUGCAUUUCAAUAUCUUCUCAUAAGACUAUUCCCUGAUCUUUAGCUUUCCUCUACUGUGUAGAGAGUAACUACUUACAUCAGCCUGGGCAUCCUUGGUAAACAUCAUAUUUCUCCAGAGUCUUCAUUUAAAACUAUCAACCACAAAUUGCUGCUUUUCCAUCUACAAUACAUGUUUUUAAUUUGGAUGCAACAUGUGAAUGGUAUUGUGAAUUUAAUAGCUUGUGCUAUUUUCAUAAGCAGCCAAUUUAGUCUGAAUAGUCUAUUUUCCAGAAUAAUGGCAGGCAAAAGGAGAUUUCAUUUCCCUUCUAGUGAAGAGGUUACUAUUUUCGUAGCGAGUGUCAUACUUGAAUGGCCUUUCCACAUGGUUUGUGGAUCACUGAAUAAAUUAUGUAUUUUCAUGUCAUAGCAGGUCUUUUGAUGCUGGUGGAGAGCCUCUCUUAAUGCCACUAGAAAUGAAAGCAAAGCUGAGAGCUUUGAGUGGAAAGUGGACCUCAAUCAUAGUCCAAUCAGUGCUUCUUUGUAUUACAAUUUGAUGAUACUGAUGGCUGAAUCUUUAUUUCAGGAACAUUUGCAUAGAUAGAUUAACUGUAUGGUAUCAAAUAAAUGCAAUGAUGCAAAUGAUGGUUCAAAAUUUCUGAUCAUUUACACUAAAAUGUAUUAUUGUCUAAGGUUUUUGUCCAUGGAAUAAAAGUCAGUAGGGUCCAAAACAACAUUAGAGUAUGGACAAAAGAACAGAGAUAUUUUACAAUAUAAUGGUUCAGAAUGACAUGAGGGUGAGGAAAUUAUGCUAAAAUUUAAUUUUGGGGUGAACUAUCCCUUUAAGAACAGUAGUCCAUUCAAUAAACAAAAGAAAAAAAUAAUAAAUUCUGGAUCCUGACAAAUAUGAUGUGUUUCUCAAGGCUGCAUCUCUGUACUAAUAUUUAGCCAGCUGUCAUGUGAGGCUUUUUGUUAGGAACAAAGAAAAGCAUGUCAAUUCUCUCUCUGAUGCAAACAAAACAUAACUCAUGCAAUAUGUAUAGCUACUAAUAUCUUAUCAAACGUUUCUCUCCCCACAGAAAACGUGCCUUUCUGUUUCUCUCAGAAAAACAAUGAGCUUCUUUACAACGAUGUUUUCUUUUGUCUCUGAAAUGAAGCCCAAGCCCUUCUCAUCCAGUAGAGGGCGCAAUCUUGCUGAUAAUUGGGUUUGUACACCCCACGUUUAAGGUGAUGUCCUACUACGGUUGCCGGCGUGCUUGUUGCCGGUCGAAGUGAGCAGUGGGAAGCAGUCUGUGUAAGGACACUGAGUCAGUGUUGGCUCUUGACAGAGGAAAUUACAUAAUGGCCCUCUGAAGUCCCUGCCCACGUUCCAGUGCUCUUGGAGCAGCGUUGUGCGGGGUGUGGUCUCCGUUCACCAGCGCUGGAAUCUCUCAGCCCAACUUAAACAUCUUUCGGACUCGCAUCUCUCCUGAGUCGCGUGCUCUCUAAUUAGCUCCAUAUGAUGAGACGGAUGCUCUACUACUAACCGCGCAAGGGAGGGAUAAAAAAAAAAGCAGAGGAUUUAGCGGAGACAGGGGAAGUGAAGACUGUAUGAUAAGGAUGGGAAUUCUUCAAGUGUUGAAAACUCAGUUGCUGUGCCAUCUCAUUAUCUGUUAUGUGUUCCUAGUCAGUGGGUUCAUUAUCAACCUGCUGCAGCUUUGUACUCUACCACUGUGGCCCAUUAACAAGCAGCUUGCACGCAAGAUCAACUGCAGAUUGGGUUAUUCCAUCUCUAGUCAAUUGGUGGCAUUGUUGGAGUGGUGGUCUGGAACAGAAUGCACACUUUACACUGAUCCAGAAAGCUAUAAACUUUAUGGCAAAGAAAACGCCAUUGUUGUCCUAAAUCAUAACUUUGAGAUCGAUUUCAUGACUGGCUGGACCUUCUGUGAGAGAUUUGGCGUUUUAGGGAGCUCAAAGGUGUUGGCAAAAAAGGAACUUUCCUUUGUUCCUGUGAUUGGCUGGAUGUGGUACUUCCUCGAGAUCGUGUUCUGCAAAAGGAAAUGGGAAGAGGAUCGCAAGACGGUUGUGGAAAGCCUGCGCAACCUUCGGGAUUACCCAGAAAACUUUUGGUUCCUGUUGCACUGUGAGGGCACACGAUUCACAGAAAAGAAGCACAAGAUUAGUAUGGAGGUGGCAGAGAAGAAAGGUCUGCCCAAACUCAAGUACCACCUUCUACCUCGGACCAAGGGCUUUUGUAUCACGGUCCAGAACCUCAGGGGAACGGUUACUGCUGUGUACGAUUCUACACUUAAUUUCAGAAACAACGAAAUGCCAACUUUACUAGGCGUGCUCAAUGGGAAAAAGUACCAUGCUGAUUUAUAUGUGAGGCGAAUUCCUCUGGACACAAUUCCAGAGGAUGAGUCUGAAUGUGCGGCCUGGCUUCACAAUCUCUAUCAGGGAAAAGAUGAAUUCCAAGAGCAUUACAGAAAGACAGGGCGUUUUCCGGGUCCCAUUACAACCCCUCCGCGUCGACCUUGGGCCCUGCUGAACUGGCUCUUCUGGGUUUGUUUGCUGGUCUACCCUCUCUGCAUGUUACUGCUGCAGUUGCUGCUAUCAGGAUCCACCUUCACUGUCGUGUGUACAUCUGCCUUCUGUCUAGCAGUGUCAGUUGGUAUCCGCUGGAUGAUCGGACAGACUGAGAUUGACAAGGGUUCCAACUACGGAAAUAAAGAGAUGCAAAUGAACAACAACUGAAAGACUCAUCCACCAGGGUAAUAAGAUCAUGCUACUGUACGGUCAUGAGGGCAUUUUCAGAACAGGAACUGGCAUUAGCCAAGUGAAACCACCUUCAUGAAUGAAAUUCGAAGAAGUCACCACAUGAAGUUUUCAGAAAGAGUCGUUUGAACAAUUUAAAAUGCUUCUCUGUUUUGAUUUAUAUCAUAUCAAGGCUUUUUUUUUUUUUUGGAAAAGACAAGUAGGCCAUUUUAAAAAACGGUCUGUUUAUUAAUAUUAUUUUUUAAAUAUUGCAAACACUGUUGGAGAAGCAGAGAACCAGCAGUUGAUGCCUGUGUAAGAGCAUGUUUGUCCACCCGUCCGAGUGCAGCAGCAGAAAGGCGGAGUCAGACUGGCCUCUUCCCUCUCAUUGGUUGAUUAUGCUCUUAUACACCCAGAUGGUAAAGGCACGCCAUUGGCCAGCACAAGGCUGAGCCGACGCAGCACAACUACUUAUAGGCUUAAAUAUGACUUGUUAACAGUGGGCUCUGCAGCAAGGCAAACAAAAAUACCAUUUUAACAAAAAAAAUAAAAAUUAAAACCUUCUCUACUGUGACUUUCAGCCCCAGGUUUGUAUGUUUUUUUCAGUGAACACUCAUUGAAAUUGUACAUACAGUCAGUCAAUGCCAAACUCCCUCCAUCUCCCAUUCUCUGAUGCUUUGUGCAGAGAACGUCCUUUGAAUUAAAGUCUCCUAACAUGUAUUCCCUGUGACUCAAUCACCAACAAAGUGGCUAUUAAACUUCAGCUUUACAAUAUGCUUUGUACAAAGAAAAA